CUCCCUAGACAAAUGAGGAAGAAACCGUGAGAGGAACCAGACCCAAAAGGUGAACCCAUCCUCAUUUGGGUGAUAUCAUAAAUCUUAAAACAAUACAAAACACUGAGUGAGUAAGACCAAACAUGAGUACCAGAGUGUGUGUGAUUAUGAGUAAUGUCCUUUCUACAGUCUUAUACAAUUAGUUGGCGUUGUGGAACCAGGCUUAACAUUUGAGAUCAUCAUAGAUCCAACACCAACUCCUCCAUGCCAGAGCCUUUAAAUGUUAAUAUAAACAGUCUACUACAACGGCACAGGAACACAGUUGACAUGUACUGUUCCACAUUUAAGCACCAAUCACUGAACAGAACACCUCAACAAUGAUGGAACUGUAAUGAAUGGACAUUUGGUGCCACCCAGAUAAGGAUCGGUUCAUCUCAGGAAGUUUCUCCUUGCCACAGUAACCACUGGCUUGUUCAUUAGGGAUAAACUUAGCAUAGAUAUUCAUAUUUUAGAACUUAGUUAUCUUCUAGAAGGCUGCUUUGGGACAACGUCCACUGUUAAUAGUUCUAUUCAAAUUAAACUGAAUUAAUUUAAAUAGUUAGUAUUUAAUAGUUGAUUGCAUUCUUUACAUAUGUAAAUGUUAAUUUUUUUCUCUUUAUUCUCUGCCUCCAUUUUAUGUCCCUGUGUCCUUUUGUACACUGGUAAACUAAUGAGUUCUUUAUAUAUAUAAAAUGUUUUUUAUUUUUUAUUAUUUGUGUGACUAAAUCUGGAUCAAUCGCGUAAUCGAGGCCAUUUAAGACCUGAUGCGCGUCAUUCCCGAGGUAAACCUUGAGGAUCUAAAAAUAACUCAGGCUCAAUCUUAAACGCCUCUGACACAAAGUGCGCAUUAAGGACGCGUUGGAAGUCAGAAUCUCAUCCACUAUGUAGUGCACAUGACUAGGGAGUGCAAAGUUAAUCCGGAUUCGGCCGCGUGCUCCAAAACGUUUCCGUUUAUAUUUAUAUAUAUUUUUUAUUGCUCUUACUGUGUAGUGUUCGUUUGGUCGCUAGGAUACGUGGUCGUCAUUUCCUGUGGAUCUGCGCGAGCCGCCGCCGCUCCUCCGGCUUCGUAUUAUGGAGGAGAGAAGUAGCGCGGGGUACGAGCGCGCGUGGGGCAAGUGGGCGCGCGCUCUCCGGUUCCGGUGCGCUCUUCAGUGCUGAACACUGGGAACACGGGGGGAAGUUCUGUACCGGUUUGCGGCUCUUUUAUAGAUUGAAUUGACGGGAUUGGAUUUCUUCUUCUUUCUCUCGGGAUCGCGUGGCUUUUAUCAGCAACUUUCAGCCUCCAGCUCCUAUAAUUAACACUUUAUAAAAUAUUUCGCAGAGUUUUAUUUUGUGUCGUUAAAGUUAUUAAAAUAUUCCGGGAAACGUUUGCGUAAAGGCGUAAAGGCAUCUAUUAUCGGUAAAGUGAGUAAUCUUUACAUUAUACCCAGUGAUCGUUUCACUUAAUAUUAUUAUUUUUUUAGUAUUAAUAUAUGGAUCUAUUUAAAAAUAUAAUUCUGUUCCCGACUGAUAAAAAGGUGAUCGGUUUCAGUAUUUGUUUCUUUUUGGGGGGGUGUAAUAAUCACCCAAUACUGACCUUAUAAACCGGGUUUAUUCACUUGCUCGAUUUGAUGAUGAGAAUAUGAUCAGAAUUCACUCUGCAUUGUGUUAUGAGUGUAAGAUCUUAAACAAACUACUACCUACUGCCUUCUAAAGUCUUGUAGGUUCCUUUGCGGUUCGUGCAGUAUUUUGUAAAACUGUAAGACUGGAGACGAAGCGCAGCACGAGUCACAUCAUGCCGAGAUGUGAGCGCGUCUGUUCCGCAUCGUAUCCGAAAUGACCCCCUCCUCCGUGUUCCCUCCACACUGCAAAGUGCACUCUGAGUAUUCUGAAUCUUUGGACACUGAGCUUCGUGUGACUUUCGGACUGCUCCUGCAUUUGGCUCUUACUGGUGCACCGAAUAGGGAAUCGGUGUCUGUUUUAGGCGCGCGCACGCGAUGAGCUCGGAGCUGGAGCGCGUGUCGUUCAAGUCGCGGGCGAACUCCGUGGGUUCGGGCAGUCGCGCUCUCUCCGUGAACGUCCAGCGUCUGCACGACUCUCUGCACGUGCUGCUCAGCGAGCCCGAGCGCGAACAGUUCGCCCACUGCCUGAGCGCGUACCACGCCAAGCGCAACGUCUACGACCUGGUGCAGACGCUCAGAGUGAUCCUCGAUACGCCCGGAAAACGCCAACUGCUGCCGAUGUUGCGCCUUGUGCUCCCCCGCGCCGACCAGCUGCUGUUCGACCAGUACACGUCCGAGGGCCUGUACUUGAAAACAGAGCCGCCUACGUCCGACGUGGACGCACAUCGUUCUGCGGGGGGAAACCAAGCGAACGCCGCAACGAGCGCCCACGUGCGCCCGCCCUCCGUGCGCUUCGCGCUCUCGGCGGAGUUCAGCACCGCGGCCGGAGGGACAGCGCAAGACGACACGCGUCACGUGACCUUGCAACGCACCAAGAGCCACGAGGGUCUCGGGUUCAGCAUCCGCGGCGGCGCGGAGCACGGCGUGGGCAUCUACGUGUCUCUGGUUGAGCCGGGCUCCUCAGCAGAAAGAGAGGGACUCCGCGUGGGAGACCAAAUCGUUAGAGUCAAUGACGUGGUGUUUGACCGGGUCACCCAUGGAGAGGCUGUCAAGGUGCUGAAAGGAUGCAAGAAGCUCUGUUUAUCAGUGUGUUCGAUGGGCCGGAUCCCUGGAGGUUAUGUGACCAAUCAUGUGUACACCUGGGUAGAUCCUCAGGGCCGAAGCAUCUCUCCACCCCCUGACCUGCUGGAGCAGCAUACUGCAGGUGGACGGCAUUUUAACAGCCAGCGUCGUGGACACACCCCACUACAGGGGGCGGAGAGAAGGGUCACAAUCUCCUUGGAUGACGGACGUCCGCUGGGUCUGAUGAUCCGCGGAGGAGCAGAAUAUUCCCUCGGCAUUUAUAUUGCCGGAGUGGACCAUGGAUCAGCAGCAGAGGUUGGAGGCUUAAAGGUUGGAGAUCAGAUCAUGGAUGUGAAUGGGCAUAGUUUCCGCAGCAUUGCUCAUGACGAAGCUGUACAGAUUCUCAAGAGCUCAAGCCACAUGCUGAUGAUGAUAAAGGAUGUAGGGCGCCUUCCUCACGCCCGCACCAUAGUGGACGAGACCAAGUGGAUCUCGAGCCCACAAAUUGCAGAGAGCUCGGCCGGCGCUGCCCUGAGUGUGUCAGGAGAUGCUGGUGCAGGGGGCUCAGUAAAGGGCCAGCUGUCCCCCGCUCUGGCCUUAGGACUUAUAGGGGUCCGGAGUUCUUUGGAUGAGCAGGCCUAUUUGCUGCUGACCGAUGCAGAGAGACAGACCAUGACCUAUUACAUCCAGGAGUACCAGUGUGGUCACAUCAGUGUGGAACCUCUCGCCAUGGCCCUGUUCGAGCUCUUCAACACACACGCCAAGCUUACCUUGCUGGCAGAGGUGCGUGCUCUUAUUGCUCCUCAGGAUCUGGAGCGCUUUGAUAACCAGGUCGUCCACCAUGAGAUGGAGGCAUGGUGGGUGAGACAUGGAGAUGUGGGCCUUAUGCACCAUGCCAAGCCCAUCUGCAGCUCUCAUCCUGAGGGCCAUGUCCCACCCGCCUGCCAGCUGACUGCAUCAUCAAUGGGCUAUGCUAAGAAUGAGUGCAGGAUGGAUGGAAGCGUGGAGGCAGGACCUGCGGGGGCUUUUAACUCCCUACCGGAAAUAGCUUUGGAUGAAGUACAAUCUCGUAUCGAUUCUCCACCUAAUUUCAGACCCCCACCUCCUCCUGGACAUGGAAGUCCACAGAAGGUCCAGAUCAAACGCCCUACAUCUAAGCUUUGCCAGACCACCCUGCUCUUUACACCCCCCUGCAGGAAGUACCAGGAAAGUCAUGCUUUAAACCACACUGAGACACACAUACACUCGUCCUGCUCAGCUCACACUUCCCCAUGCACUGUCCACCACAGAUCCUCCCCCUGUGUCUCCCAUCGCUCUCCUCCACCUUGCUCCCACCAUCGCUGCUCUCCAUGUUCUCUUCAUUGCUUGCGACCUUCAGUUGCACCACCAGCCAAAGAUCUGGUCCAGUUUCUGAUGAGCAAGCAGACGGCCAUGUUGCCACCACAUGUUGAAUCUGUAGGCCGUUCACCAGCUGCCACUCCAACCCCAAACGGGUCCAAUCGCUCCUCUCCCUCCCUCUCUCCCUCACUGCGUAUCCCUGCACCGCCACCUUGCAGUCCAGAAAAACCAGAGGUCUUGAUUUCAGCACCCGAUAUGAGUCCCAGCAUGGCUCGUCACCACAGACUCAAUCCUGGGCAAGAGACUGCGGAGGAGAAGACACGGAUCCAGCCACGGGGGGCUACUCUAUCCCAGCUCUCAGACAGUGGCCAGACCCUGAGCGAAGACAGUGGUGUGGAUAUUGCAGAGGCAGGGGGAAUAUGUAAGGACAGCAGUCUUCGGCCUGGUAAAGCUGUAUACCAAAAUGCAUCAGGAGAGCUGCAGGGUGCAGAGAGAGCAGUGCAGGUUCCCAAUCACCAGUCUGGGCAGUCUGGGCCUACAUUGGUACGAAUGUCGAAGAGUGCUAAUACUCUGGGCAUUGCUGUGGAAGGUGGCGCCAACACCAGACAGCCUCUUCCACGCAUCGCAACUAUACAGAAAGGGGGCUCCGCUCAUCUAUGUGGGCUAUUGCGGGUUGGUCAGGUGAUCUUGGAGGUAAACGGCAUGUCUCUCAAAGGCAUGGAGCAUCGAGAUGCUGCACGCGUCAUUGCCGAGGCCUUUAAGACCAAAGAGAAGGAAUACAUUGACUUCCUGAUUGCUGACUUUAAUGUUGCCCUAUAAAAGUUGACAGAAACAUUACAAAAAGUUAAGCAGACUUUGCACCCUAAUGAAUACGGACACGAGUGGACUAUAAGGACGUGUACAGGAGGACAUUGCCAAGCAGGAGUCUUACAAGUUAAAAAUAUCCUUCAUCGUACCUGAUCACAUUGCCUGCUUAUUAUCCAGACUUUUUUACGGCCACAGAAAUGAGGUUCUGCUUUGCUUUCAUUCUGUAUUUGUGUCCCAUCAGACAUCCAGGAUUUGUGCGCAUUUAUGAGGAAGCUCAGGUUUUAGGUUGAUUAUUAAAAUCAAUUUUGUGAAGCAGCAGGAAAAUUAAAGCUUGAAGUGACUCGUCUCUGCCCCGUGCUCAAGGACAUCCCUGUGCAGACCAGAGAUAGAUGGAAAGGGCUAAUGGAUAGUGCUUAAAAUCCACUUUGUCUGAGUAUGAGCAAUAUGGGUGGCUGGUGGCUUGCCCUCAUUUCCCUCUCUGUCCCAUAUUUUAAAUAAUGAUGGUGAGUUUAUCGCACUUUGGAUGCUGCUGUUUGAAUGGCAAAACAAAGCUAGGAGGAAGAAAAGCUGAGGACUGUUAGUUUGAAAAUCAUUUCUCAUGCAGCCCCAAUGAAUAGUCAGAUGCACAAAUCACAUAUCAUCACCCAAUACUUAGUAGUGAUUCAUUUAGGAUAAAUAUGUAAUAUACAUGCUUAAAGGAGCAUUUUGUAAUGUUUAGAGCCCCCUGCUGUCUGUGAGGUGAACUGCAAUUGCAAUGUAAACACUGACCUUCACAUUUACAUUGAUAUAAAUUGGCAGACGCCCUUCUGCUGUGGCUGGAGGCAGGACUUAUUUCUGGGCCAGAUUAUAGUUAAAAUUCAGAAACUUAAGAAAUUAUCCCUAUCUAUUGUAUAAUAACUUUGGAUAAUGAUAUUUCCUGAGGUUGCUUUAAAAUUAUUUGAUUAUUAAAAGUCUAAAAACACUUUUGAACAUUAUAAACUGGAAUAUAAACAUUAUAAACCCCUCUGUGAAAUAGACAGCUUAGUUUAUUGUUUAAAAAAUAGAGAAUGUGUAAACUUCAUUUACAGCAAGUCAAGAAACAUUUACAUUUUUUUGCCAUUUGGCAGAUGCCCUUAUCCAGAGCGAAUUAUAUUUUUUGCUUUUUUUUUAUCCAACUGAGCAGUUGACGGUUAGGGGCCUUUCUCAAGGAACCAGCAACGGCAGCUUGGCAGUGCUGGACCUUGAACCCACAACCUUCCGAUCAGCCCCAAAGCCUUAACCACUGUGGUACCAAUUCCCCCCAGAAAUGAUAACUUCUAUAACAUUUCCCUCAUUGUCUCAACCUCGGAAACAAUAAAAGAAUGUUGAGCAAUUUUUUAAAGUGCUUAGAAACGUAUAUUUAAAUCAUUUAAAUAAUACACAGACGUACACUCAGUAGUACAAUAUCACGCUGUUGAGUUUUAUCCUCAGUAAAGCAGCACUAUGGGCAGUAUUUAUGCGCACUGUCUCAUUCUGGGAGGUGAAAAAUCAUGUUUUAAAGCUUUAUGAGGACGUUUCCAAAAGAUCCAGUGUAUCAAUAGUUGUAUGAGUUAGUGAAGGAAGACAAGACAAUAUUGUUUUGGUGAGAACUGGGCAGUGGUGUAAUGAGAGCAUUUUAUAGUCUUCAGUAUUAAGGUGACAACUUUGCAAUUCCAUAAAGACACAAGCAAACAACAAAACUGUUAAGUUAAAAAAGCCCUGGUGGUCCUCCAAUAGUUAUAGAAUGAUCCUAGAAACCUUCUAUUUUCAUUUGCAAAUUAUAUAUUAAUAUUUUGCCAGUGCACAUGCCCCAGAUACAGGGCUGAUCAGUAAAUACAUAGAAGGAAUUAUAACAAGAGGAAGCAUUUGGAGUGCGAUUCAGAACUUGUUUUCUCACUCUAUUUUCCUCUUACCCUUUCUUGCCCCUGCUCUCGUUUAUCUCUAACAAUCAUUAAUUAGCCUCAAAGGCUUUGCCAUGCUGCUCAAACUAAUGACAGAUCUAUUUUUAGAAUGGUUUCGGAUGAGAAUAGGAUUAUUGAGAUAUUUCUAUCAGUAUUUUUGACAUCAGAUGAUAUAAAUCCAUUUAGAAUAAUGGUUUAGUUUUGUUGAUUAUAAAUGCAGGUCAUAUUCCCUAAAUAGCCCUAUAUUUACAUGCAGAGCAUUACAGAAUGUGUCUAUGUAUAUUUAACAACUUUUGUUUUUACCGGUGUGAUAUCAUGGUAUGAUAUCCUGAUUUCAAUAGCUUUAUUGAAACAUGAUCCUGUUGAUGGAUGUAAUUAACACUUUAUCUAAUAGAGUAGAAGAGUCUCAUCAUGCACACAGUGAUCUAUUAAAUAGAUGAUCUGCUGAGUUAUUAUUUUUUUUGCAACGUUUCACUUAAACUUAAAAGAAGGUGAGUACAAUAUUUAAUUCACUGCUCAGCACUGUUUGUGGGAUGCAGGUAAUAUUAUAACUGGUUUGGCUUUAAGAAUAUUAGGCUUUAGUUUCCGAUCCAGCGACGCAGUAAUAGGUGUGCAGUUAGAUUCAAUAUUCUACUGUUGCUUGAAAUGUUUAUGAAUUAUGGCACUUUGCAAACAUGAAUUAAAGUAUUUAAUACCUAA